UCCCAGAGAAGCAAGGGAGAGAUGCUGCCACCAGAAGAACCAGACUUAAAGGAAAAACCAAAAACUAAACUAUGGGUCAUAUGAUAAUUACAUCCCAGUUUGCAGGUGACUUUAUCCUCCCAGUCACAAUACUGCAGUCAGUGAAUUAAGCAAAAAAUCAUGGAAUCAGCAACACUUUUCCCUGGCAUUUCCCAAACCACAGCGGCCAGGAAAAAAAGUGAGAUCAAGACCUUCCCAACUACAAGACAAUGCAGCUUUAAAACCUGAUGAAGACAAAUUAAAGGGAGGUUAUCAACGACCAUUAUGGAUGCACCGUUCUUUAAUGCAAAUUUCAGAAAGACCAUCUGUCUAUUUAGCUGCCAGGAGACGGCCUCCAACUCCUGGCCCAGAUGUAGCGGCAGCUAAAGAAGGCAAGAAGGACACAUUAGAGUCAGAAACCGAAUCCGCAGUUUCACAGGAGCUAAAAUUAACUAGGAAAGAUUCAAAAAAAGACAAGGGUUUAGAAACAGAAACACCAGGUGGAAAAAAAGAGAGAAGGUCAAAAAAGAUCAAGGACUCAACUACAGAAUCAGAAGCUGAAAAAGGAGACACAAAGAAACUUUCAAAAAAAGAUAAGAAAGGUUCAAAGAAGGGCAAAGGGUCAGAUGCAGAAUCAGAAGAGGAAAAAGAACAGAAGAAAGAUUUUAAAAAAGAUAAGAAAGGUUCAAAGAAGGGCAAGGGGUCAGAUGCAGAAUCAGAAGAGGAAAAGGGAGAACAGAAGAAAGAUUUAAAAAAAGAUAAGAAAGGUCCAAAGAAGGGCAAGGGGUCAGAUGCAGAAUCAGAAGAGGAAAAGGGAGAACAGAAGAAAGAUUUAAAAAAAGAAAGGAAAGGUUCAAAGAAAAAGAAGGGGUCAGAUGCAGAAUCAGAAGAGGAAAAAGAACAGAAGAAAGAUUUGAAAAAAGAAAGAAAAGGUUCAAAGAAGGACAAGGGGUCAGAUGCAGAAUCAGAAGGGGGAAAAGGAGAAGAGAAGAAAGGUUUAAAAAAAGAAAAGAAAGGUCCAAAGAAGGACAAGGAGUUAGUAGCUGGAGAAACAGGAGAGGAAAAAGAAUUGGUGAAGAAAGGUUCCAAAAAAGAUAGGGGUUCAAAGAAGCACAAGGAGCCGACUGGAGAACCUGGAGAUGAAACAACAGAUGCAAAGAGCCCCAGUGACAAAGAGGAUGAAUCAAAAGACAAGAAAGAAGGCAAGAAAGAAGGUAAAAAAGGUAAGAAAGAAGGCAAGAAAGAAGGCGAGAAAGAAGGCGAGAAAGAAGGCGAGAAAGAAGGCAAGAAAGAAGGUAAGAAAGAAGGCAAGAAAGAAGGCAAAAAAGGUAAGAAAGAAGGCAAGAAAGAAGACGAGAAAGAAAGCGAGAAAGAAGGCGAGAAAGAUGCCAAGGGAGAGACUGAGACAGAAUCUGCUGAUGCAAAAAAGGAGGGAAAGAAGGAGGGAAAGAAGGAGGGAAAGAAGGAGGGAAAGAAGGAGGGAAAGAAGGAGGGAAAGAAGGAGGGAAAAAAGAGCAAGUAGGCCUUGGAUAAUAAUUUAAAAGCAUAUUUACCGAAACAGUUUAGUAAUAUGAAACUAAAUUUAUGAAGAGGGAGUGGUUUGAAUAUUUAAUCAAAUACUUUUAAAAAUGGGGUGAAGAACAAUACAAAGACUCAGAAAAUCUUCAUAAAGUGUAAGAAAGAUGUUAAGAAAAACUUAAUAGAUGACUAAGUGAAGGAGUUGAAGAUUGCUUAUGCCUGUGAUAAAUUUGGGGAUAUGAAGGCUUAAGUGAAAGAUACCUAGAAAGAUUCAAAUAACAUACAAGUGAAGAUGUAGAAGUUAAUGAUAUUGUAUGAAUAUGCAAAAGAAUCAAUGAAGUCUUUGAUAUAAUUCAAGAAUGAAGAUAUUGAACUCAAAGACUCAAACAAUUUGAAGUCAUAUCCACGGUUUUAAUUAAGAAUCAAAGGGAUCAUAAGAGGAAGUCAAAUUUCAGAAUGUCUACUUUCAAAUAAAUAUAAAUAUAAAUUAAAGGCAGCAUUCCUCAAAAAAAGAAAAAGAAAAAAUAUUUAUUUCUUGUGAAACUAUAUCACCAUCUCUGAAGUAUAAAUAGCCACAACCAGGUUCAUGGAUGUUGUAUGUUCUACUUCCAAGCCAAGCUAAACACAUUUGAGAAUGUUAUAUGAAAAGAAGAUGCCAAAUAGCACAGAAGUCAUUGAGAACAUGACAUGGGAAAACUAAGAAGAAAAGAUUCUCAGAUAAAGCACAUUUAUAAAGGUCCUACCAGAAGUAUAAGAGAAAUUUGGCAAGAAAGAGUUUUCAAGGUUUUAUUAUUCUAUACCUCCUUUAUCUGCAAAAAUAUAGUUAUGUGAAAAUCAUAUAUGUAAACCUUCUACUAAAGAAUUUUUUAAGAAAGGAGGAACACAAUGAAGAAUAUAAAACACUGAACUCAAAGCAGAAUGGAAGAGUAUCUCACACCCAAACAGCACUGACUCUAAAAAGCAUUAGAAAAAAUGAAUGAUGCCUGAAGAAACAGCCAAGGAAUACAUCCAACCAAGAACAUCUCCUAAUGGGAGCGAGUCCCUGUAUCACCCAAUGGGAGUGAAGCAAAAGAGGAUGAUCAAGACUAUGACUGAAGGUCUCCCACCCAUCAGGAGCCGUAUUGUUAACUGCAUGGGAGGAAGGAAAACUGGCAUUUGGUACUGGAGAAAAUUAUCCUACAAGGACAACCAUGAAGAUGUACUGAACAUGCUACCACACUGGAGGAGUACAGUCUCCCAUUCAGUUGAUGAUCUUCCUGUCAUGAAAGUUGCCACCUCUAAUUUUGAAUAAACACCUAAAACACGA